UUAUGGUGCUAUCUUAAGAUCACUCGUAGGUCCACAAUGUCUUUCCGUACAUGUAUCCUUGUCUGAAUAUGUAUCCUUGUCUGAAAGGUGCGCAAGGGUCAACGCAGCUGUGAUUCCGGAACUUUGUCGUGGUGGUGUAAUUAUUCAUUCAGAGACGUUCAGCUGUUUACAUGUGAUAUCUAGUCAGGCGAAGACCGAAACAGCUUCCUGGUGUACAGACUCGCCGCUAUGGAGGCGGUCAGACUCGCCGUCCUACUCUGUGUCUGUCUCCUAAACCUGACAUCAGCCGGCUGCCCGCCAGGGACAUACGGCAACUUGUGUGCUUACACCUGUAACUGCCUGCAGACAGCGUGUAAUCCUACAGAUGGAUGCAGAGCAACGACCUGCAACAGAGGGUGGUCAGGACCGACAUGUCAGAAACAUAAUAUAGCACUCGACAAACAAACAUCAGCCAGUAGCAGCUAUUACCCACCUGGCAAUGCUGUAAAUGGGAUAAAAACUGGUGUUAGCGGCAGUCUAACAUGCAUGCAUACAGACUACACUGAUGCUGGGAUAAAAGCUGCAUGGUGGAGAUUGGAUCUGGGACAGACAACGCUGAUACAUGACGUCAUCAUUUACUUCAGGAAACAGUAUAUAGUUCGUCGGAAUGGUAUCCAGAUUUACAUAGCUGAAACUACCACCACCCAACCUGCCGGAGUCAGCUGCUACAACGUAACAGGGAACAGAAACGGAACAGACAUACCUGAUGUUUUGAACGCCACGUGUUCUGGUGAAGGACGCUAUCUUGUCCUGUACACCACCACUGUAAACAACGAAAUCAACAACGUCAGCGUACCUGUCAUGGAUUUCUGUGAAGUGGAGGUUGAUGUAUGUGGUAAUGGUACUUUCGGUGCUGACUGUGACAACUACUGCCACUGUGACGGUGCGGUGUGCGACUACGUGAGCGGCGUCUGCCCGAGUGGAGUCUGUCUACCAGGCUGGCAACCAAACAAGUGUGACACAGCGUGUACCUUGGGAAAUUAUGGAAGAAACUGUUAUCAGACGUGCUCUGAUAGAAACUGCAAGGGCGACAACUCUAGCUGUGACAGUGCCACGGGGCAGUGCGUUGGUGGCUGCAGGACAGGAUGGAACGGAACAGACUGUACACAGAAAUGCAUGUCUACCUACGGAGACGACUGUGCCAACAUGUGCUCUGCCAGAAACUGCAGCGGAGCCUCGUCAUCCGUGUGUGAUCAUGUAACCGGGAUGUGUGACAAGGGCUGCAGCCCGGGGUGGAAGGACACUGACUGCACGAAAGAAUGCGUCCAGGGUUUAGAGUACGGAUCUGGCUGUGUGGGUAACUGCAGUGCACGGAAGUGCACGGGGGGCUCGGGAACCUGUCCCAAAGAUGCAGGACGAUGUGAUUCUGGCUGUCAGUUGGGGUGGCAGGGAGAAGACUGUGCACGUGUAUGUAGUCUUGGUACAUUCGGUGUCAACUGUACUGGAAAAUGUGGCCAGUGUCUUGACAUCAGCAAAUGUCACCAUGAAAACGGAAGCUGCCUUACAGGAUGCAGUGAAGGGUGGACUAACCACACAUGUACACAAAAGCAGGUUGACGCAUCAACGUCAGAUGUAGGAGUCAUAGCAGGCUCUGUAGCUGCCGUCAUCAUUGUAGCAUCCAUUGCUGUUGUCGUCAUUGUCUUACUCAGAAGACGGAGAAGUCAAAAUUCAAAGGAAACAGAUAAGCACGCAGAUGUGUUCCAAGAGCAGGCAGCAACUGAGGACAUGGAGAUGGUCAACCCUUUGUAUGCCAGUGCUUUUGAGGCGGACGAGGACGACGUAGAGGAGGACCACAAUGACACGUACUAUAACAUAGCCAGUGCUCCUGCAAUAACCUUGGUGUCUGUCGAGCAGCUUGGAGAGCGGAUCAAACAGCUGCAGGUGCCGGUCGGGGGAUUCCAGGCAGAAUAUCAGAAACUAUCUACUACCUUCACCCGUUCUUACAAAGACUCUCAGCUGGAGGAAAACAAUGGGAAAAACAGAUUUCUUAAUUAUUACCCAUAUGAUGACACCCGGGUCGUGUUGCAGGAGCUACCGGACGAGCCUGGGUCUGAUUACAUAAAUGCCAGCUACAUCAAUGGCUACUCUCAACUUAAAGCCUACAUAGCAUCGCAAGCUCCAAACAAGAAGACCCUCACUGAUUUCUGGAGGCUGAUCUGGGAACAGAACUGUACAAGGAUCGUCAUGUUGACUAAUCUCAAGGAGUUGGGGAAGGUGAAGUGUGAAGCAUACUGGUCGGACACAAAGGAUCUGACGGUUGGGGACUUCAACAUUGUUGUCACCAGCUCAAGGGAGCGAGCACAUUGGGUCGUGAGAGAAUUACAAGUUACAGAGAAAAAGACAAGCACUUGUCGAUGCUUCCAUCAAUUCCACUUUACAACAUGGCCGGAUCAUGGAACACCCGAGGAGACGUCCUUGACUGAGUUUCUGUGGCUGAUCAGGACAACACCUAACACUCAGGAUGACCCUCUGCUAGUGCACUGCAGUGCUGGGAUCGGCCGGACAGGAACCUACAUUGCUGUGGACUACCUGCUGGACCAGGCUCUUGCUGAUCAGAAGGUGGAUGUGUUUGGUUGUGUCUCAGUAAUGAGAGACCAAAGGAAGGGCAUGAUACAGACCAAGGAUCAAUACACGUGUGUUUACACGACUUUGCACGAGGCUCUGGAGUUUGGAAACACAGCCAUGGAUGUGCACGAGUUCAAUCAGAAUCGAAAUUGGAAAAGGUCGUUCAAGAUGGGACGCAUGGAACUCACACAGUUAAUACAGAUCCUGAAUAUUAACAGAGAGAUUUCAAGAAAAGAAGCCAAGGUGAAGGGUCGGGUGAACGUAAAUGGACGUUCAGACAUCCAAGCUGUACUCUCACAGUCCCGACUGUCAAUGAAAGGCUAUCUGUUGACCGUUGCUCCCUCCGUCACCCCGGCGUCUCUUUUCUGGAAACUUACAGACCAGCAGGAGUCUUCCAUUGUCAUUGUCCUGCCGGGCUCGCACCAGAGUUUGACAAGUUUUGUGCCAUCCCCAGGAGACAGCCUGGACCUGAGUCCAGGUAGCGUGAGAUGUUCAACAGAUAACACCAUCAACCCUGACAUAGUCCUGAGGAACAUCCACAGGCAGAUUGACAACCUUCCCCCAGCUUUAGUACGUGUGUACAUCGUGAACCAGUGUCCAGUAGACUCCCACUCCACACUGCUAGAACUCCUGGAACAAGUGGAUCUUCACACGAGUGGGGGUGGCUCCCAACCGGUUACUAUCAUCUACAGUGAUUCUGGUACAAAGAGAGGUGUCAUGCACUGCAUCCUGAGCAAUAUUGUUCAAGGCCUGAAGCAUGACAGAAGAGUUGAGAUCUACAACAACAUGAGAGCUAUGGCCCACUUCCUUGAUUCGGAUAUCACACAGGAGGACGUGGCUCUUUGUUAUGACGUAGCUUCGGCGUACGUGGAGUCCCAGAGCGUUUAUGCAAACGUCUAACAAGCGCAUUUGCGGUUGUCUCAACCGACAAACUCCAGACUCCACCUUACAGAUCUGAAAUGAAAGCAACAAUAAUUGCAUUUUUGUUAUAAAUAUAUGAAUAACUUGUUAUCGUUAUAUGUAUUGUUUCCCUUAUUUACCAUUUAAAUUACUUGUGAUUAUAACUGUAAAACUAUAUAUAUUUCCAUUACUUGUAAGUUAACGUUUUAUGAAAUCAUUAAUCCCCGAUUCCUGAUCGAUAAUAGAGAAGAGUGUUAAAUGUAUGUGUAGAUUCUGUUCGGUACUUGUAUUAUUUACGAGUAGAUGCGUUUUGUUUUUUCGUUCAUAAGAGUGUUAUACUGAUUACAUAGAUACUGAAGGUCCAGCGUUUAUUAUACCUGGAGACAUAACCUCGUAAAACGCAUUGUAUUAUGUGGACGAUAAAUCCAGGAAGCACCCUUAAAAUAUGUACGAAUUGUCAAAUGUGUGUUUUUUGUCAAUGCAAAAUGUUAAAUCCGAUAAAAACCAAAGUGUCAAAAUAAUAUAGAAGUUUUGGGUGUUCAUACAGUAUUUUUCUUGUCAAUGUAGCUCUCACUGUUACUACUUAAUUUCUUUCAGUUGUUCAAUAAUCAUAUUUGACAUAUAUUUGUUUUUAUUGAUUUAUGUAUUCUGUUUGUUUUUAUAUUUGCCAUAAAAAUAAAAAGAUAUGUUUUCAU